CUUUCUGCCAACGGAAAUUGAACAGGUUAGGAUUGUUUGAUCCAAAUACGGUAAAAUGUGAGUGUAAUAUCGUCACAAAGCUAAAGCGUGGGUGGUUAUAAGAAUACGUGGUGAAAUAUAAUUGACUAUUUUGACUUGAUAGCAAAGUAUUAAAUCACAUUGUCGGAAGCAACAAUUUAAUUUUAGUUGCAACAUAAAACUUUGUAGAAAUGUACCAAGUUAUUCUUACUUUCUUUGUUAUUAUUACUUUAAUACGAGGAGAAGAUUAUUAUGAAAUCCUUGGUAUAAAUAAAACAGCUGGCCAGGAUGAAAUUCGAAGGGCUUUUAAGAAGUUGGCUAUCAUUCAUCAUCCUGAUAAAAAUAGUGAUGAUUCAAAUGCUCAUGACAAGUUUAUUCGAUUAACAACAGCUUACGAGGUAUUGAAGGAUAAUGAUUUAAGAAAAAAAUAUGAUCUUUAUGGAGAAGAUGGUCUUAAUAACUUUAAUAAAAAGCAAACCUAUCAUUCAUGGAGUUACUAUCAAAACAGUUUUAUAUAUGAAGAUGAUCAAUAUGUUAUUAAUUUGGAAGAAAAUGAUUAUUUUGAAAAUGUUAUGAAUUCUGAAUCAAGUUGGUUUGUGAAUUUCUAUUCUCCGAUGUGCAGUCAUUGUCAUCAUUUAGCACCAACAUGGAAGAAAAUAGCUAAGUUACUCGAUGGUAUUAUGAAAAUUGCAGCAGUGAACUGUGAAUAUGACAGGCCAUUAUGCCAUCGAGUAGGAAUUCGUGCCUAUCCUACACUGAUUUAUUUUAAAAAGAAUUCACAGCAUGGAGUGCAUUAUACAGAAGAAAAAUCACAGGAAGCCAUUAUGCGAUUUGCAUUAGAUAGAUUAAAUAUCCGCAUACCUGAAAUAAGUAAAUCGCAAUGGGAAUUGUUUUUACAUGGCAACAUCGUUACUCAAAGAGCCAUGCUAAUUUUUAUAUGCGGUGAUCAGCAGAACUGUUUCACUUCUGAUGAAAGGCUUAUAGUAGCAGCCACAUUUGAUAAGCUAAUUGAUGUAAGAGUGUUUAUAUGCGAGAAUGGCAGGUAUCAUGAGAAGAUAUCUUUCAAUACACACGCAGUCUAUCUGCCGAUGCAUGAUGCAUCUUCUUGGGAACCUGUAUUCUUUAAUAGUAUGUCUGAUAUAAAUACAUUAAUAGAAAAACUCUUGGAACAAUUGCCAAGUCCACAAGAGCUGACCGACAAAGAUUUUGAUAUUAUUAAGAGAACAGAGUUUAAUACUGCUUGGCUUAUAUGUUUUUAUGUUGGUGAUUCGGCAAAUCUGAAAGAUUUAAAUCUGCAAAUGAAAAAAUUUUCAAUCAAUGGUGUUAAUUUAGGUAAAAUGAAUUGUGGUAAAAAUCAGCAGAUUUGUAAUAAAUUAGGCAUCAAUCGUUAUCCAGUUUGGGGCAUGCUUAAGCCUGGUGGAGCAUUUGAAUUGAAUCAUGGAAAAGCUACUAACAAUGAUAUCAUCAAAUUUGUACAGAUUAGUGUGAAAACUACAAACGUUUGGGCGCUCUCUGCAGAGAAAGCAUUAUCGAUAUUACAAGGAGAUAAAGAAAAUGAAGUGUGGUUCUUAGAUUGGUAUUCACCAUGGUGUCCACCUUGUAUACGGUUUCUAUCGGAACUUCGCAGGGCAUCAUUAGAAUUUGAUGCAUCAGUUGUCCAUUUUGGUACUAUUGAUUGCACUGUUCAUACUAUACUAUGCCAUCAUCACAAUAUACAGCAUUAUCCUACUGCAAUGCUCGUAAAUGGCAGCAGUACAUAUCAAUUUACACUACAAAAAACAGCUAUGAAUAUUAUCCAAUUCAUUAAUGAAAAAAGAAAUCCAUCAGUUAUAGAAUUAACGUCGGAAAACUUCCACCGUAAACUGACGAAAAAGAAAAGUAAAGUUAUGUGGAUUGUUGAUUAUUUUGCACCAUGGUGUGCACCAUGUCAAAGAUUAGCAUCUGAAUGGAUAGCUGUUGCAAAAUCACUAAGCAGUUUGUCGUUUAUAAAUGUGGCCAGUGUAGAUUGUGAGGCUGAACCUUCCUUGUGCGCGUCGCAAGGAAUACGUUCUUAUCCCAACAUUAGGAUGUAUCCAUUAGGAAGCGAAGGUUUAAGUACAAUCGCGUUGUACAAUGGGCAACGAGACUCGUUAUCCAUAUUAACAUGGAUAACAAAUUUCUUUCCAAAGAAAGUCCAUGAUUUAAAUCCUUCUAAUUACCAAAAAGCAUUGGAUAGUAAGUAUAUAUGGAUCAUUGAUUUUUAUUUGCCGCAAUGUUGGCACUGUCAAAAGAUGGAACCCGAAUUUGCAAUUGCUGCUCAGUUAUCAGAGAAAGUGAAAUUUGGAAGAAUUAAUUGUAACUUUUACAUGCACGAAUGCGCGCAUAUAAAAGUUUUCCCGACGCUAAUAUUAUAUAAACCGAAGCAGAAGAAAAAGAAUAGAUAUAAUAUAGAAGAUAUCAGAAUUACUGCGACGACGGCCGAGGCUAUCAGGGAUGAAAUUUUAGAGAUUAUUAAUGUCCGCAUAAAACAUGAUGAAUUAUAAUAAAGAAUACCUAAACUGAAAUUAACAAAUUUUAUAUGUUUAUAAUGUACGCAGUGCUCCACUGUCACAACUGGGGGCUUGUCGUGAACAACUCAUAUUCCAUUUUCUUAAAAGGAACAAAAUAGGAAUUAGAUUAAAUGUAAAUCGUAUUGUGAUAUUUUUACAUAUUUUUAUAUGUGGAACAAUUUUCAGAUACACACAUUUUGCAAAUUUUCUUUAGAAACAUAUACAAAUAAUGUAUAUAAUAAUUAAUAAAUAAAUGUUAUUUCUAAUAUAUUUUGAAACUUGUAAAAAUAUUUUUUAAUAAACAAAUUACGAUUUAUAAAUCCUAAAAAAUCUCGUUUAAAAAACAGAUUAAAGAUUUAAUACCAAUAAAAUUUUUUAAAUUUUUAUAUGUUAACAGUUUUGUUUUAAUCUGUAUAAUAAAAAAAUAGAUAUGAUACAUUUCAUUUCUAAAUAUGAAGUAAAUCAAAUUUCUCUUUUUUUAAAUAUUUCUGGUAUUCUUACCUCUCUUAAUAAAAAAUAAGUUUCUGCGGCUCUUUGUAAACGCAUUAACAUUCAAUUCAAUGAAGUCUUUGAUGCAUUCCCUCUAAAAAUAGUGUCUCCACGAGUAUAUAACUAUUAUAUAUAUAUAUGUAU